UUGUUUUCACUUAUUUAUUUACUUUUUUUUUUUUUUUUUUUUUUUUUUUUGCAUAAUCACCUGCUUACUGUUUUCUUUUCUUUGGUUUUCUUCAUUUGUUUUGAAUAAAAAAAGUAAAAGUAUAUUAUUUAUUAUGAUUUGUGAAAGCCUCCUUUAUAUAUUAACGUAUGUAUGCAUAUACAUAUUCUUUUUUUCUUUUUUUUUUCUGUAAGUCCAAUUUAUUUCAUGAUUUAGUUUUAUUUCACCAUGGAGCGUCUUAUUGUGACUCUAUAUUAGACUUUUAAACUUUUUUUUUUUUAAACGUCCUUAAACGGUAGUUUAUUUGUAAGCAAAAUAACCUUUAGGGAAAUAUGUGACAAAACGUUAGUCUUAAAGUAGUUAUAGAAAAUAAGAAUGGAUUUAAAGACAGCAAAUCUCCUGGGGGAAUUUAAGACCUCUCUGAAAAAAAAAAAUGCUCUCAUUAAAAAAUAUAUAUUUUUAUGCUCAUUUAUUGUAAAAACCUGUAUAGAUAAUAUUAAUGGAUGCAUUUAAUAUUUAUAACUGUAUAUAUAUUUUUGUUAAACAUUAUACUUGCUUUCUUUUCAAAAGGGAAUCAGAUAUUAUAGUGGGUAAAAUUUGGCUCCCUUGAAGACAAACAAAAUAUACAAUAAAGUAUUCCAGUGAUCAUAUCUCAAUAAUAUUUUACUCAUAAAGUUGUAUUCUCUCUAGUGUAAAGACGCGGGUCUUCUGUGGAUAAACAGCUGUUUUGUACUUUAUUUCAUAAUGAACAACGCACUUAAUAAGAGCGGUAAAAAGUCAAUAAAGUUUCGUUUAGCUGUAUAAAUUCGACUAGAAAACACUGUAGCGAUGAAAUGAUUAUUUAUUUAUAUUAAUAUGACUAACCGGCGACAUCUUGUGGACGGUUACAAAACUGCACCCGCUACAAUCAAUCACAUGAUUUGUGAUCACGUGACCAGAGGCCACCUCUCAUGACACACAGGCUCUCUUUCUGAUUUUAGGAGGCGUUUGUGUUAAUAAUAGCCUUAUUUUGCGUUUUGUUUCUACUUCCUCUGUUUUAUAAGGCUUUAAAGUCUUAACUGAUUGUUGUCUACAGGGUCUGAAAGGCCCAUAGCUGUGUGGCUACUGUUAUUUAGCUAGGUGUUAGCUAAGCCUAGCCUAGCUGUGGACGUAAACAACGGAAAUGCAGACGAGGUUUAGUUCAUUUUAGAUCAUUCUUUAAAUCAGCAUUAAAGAUAAAAUGGCGACUAUUCUGGAUGAUUAUGAAGACUCUCAGAUGAUCAGACACCCGGUGCAGUCCGGACGCCUUCCUGCGGCCAACAUGAUAGGGAUAACCCACUCAGGAUUCGUGAACAUCAGGCUGGAGGAAGAAAAGCCGAUCUUCAACAAGCAGCGGAUCGACUUCUCGCCGCCCGAAAAGAUCAAUCACUUCUGCGUGUGCAACAACCAGCUGUGCAUGAGUCUCGGGAAGGACACUCUGUUGAGGAUCGAUCUGGGGAAACCGGAUCAGCUGAACCAGAUCGAGCUGGGAAGGAAGGACGACGGGAAAGUACACAAACUCUUCCUAGAUCCCACAGGAUCUCACUUGGUGAUUAGUCUGACCUCGAGCGAGUGCGUCUACUUGAACAGAAACACCCAGAAGGUCCGCGGCCUCUCUAGGUGGAGGGGCCACUUGAUCGAGAGCGUGGGCUGGAACAAGAUUUUAGGCAACGAAACAAACACCGGCCCGAUUCUUGUCGGGACCGGCCAGGGCAUCAUCUUCGAGGCAGAAAUCUCCGCUUCCGAGGGUUCCCUUUUCAACACCAACCCAGACCAGUACUUCAGGCAGGUUCAUUCCUUGGAAGAGGACGGGAAGCCGGCGCCGGUCUGCUGCCUGGAGGUGGAACGUGGGAUAGAGUCGAAGUACUUCAUUAUCGCCACCACGCGCAAACGCCUCUUUCAGUUCGUCGGCAAGUUAGCCGAGGGUUCCGAGCAGCAAGGCUUCAGCUCAAUCUUUGCUCAGAAUCAGGAUCCUUCACCGAGCUUUCAGGAGUUUCCUGUCAACAUGGGCUACAGCGAGAUCGGCUUCUACACCUCCAAGCUCCGUUCAAGCCCGAACUCCUUCGCCUGGAUGAUGGGAAACGGGGUUUUUUACGGCCGCUUGGACUACUCGCGGCCCGACUCUCUUCUCAGCGACGUCCAGGUUUGGGAAUACACACCGGAUAUCGACUUCGACUAUAACAAACCGAUCUCCAUCGUCCUCACCCAGUUUCAUUUCCUUCUCCUGCUCCCCGAUCGCGUCAAGGCCAUCUGCACCCUGAACGGACAAGUCGUCUACGAAGACGUCUUCCCGGAUAAGUUCGGCCCCCUCAAAAAGAUGAUCAAAGACCCCGUCGGCGGCCUGGUGUGGAUCUACACCGAGAAAGCCGUCUUCCGGUACCACAUCCAGAGGGAGUCUAGAGACGUCUGGCGGAUGUACAUGAGCAUGAAGAAGUUUGACCUGGCCAAAGAGUACUGCAAGGAUCGACCCGAGUGCAAGGAUAUGGUGCUUGCCAAGGAAGCGGAGCACUGGUUCCAGAACAAACACUAUCUGGAGAGCGCCAAGUGCUACGCCCUGACGCAGAACUACUUCGAGGAGAUCGCGUUGAAGUUCAUCGAAGCCAAGCAGGAGGAGGCUCUGAAGGAGUUCCUGUUACGAAAACUGGACAACCUCAAAGCCAAAGAGAAGACCCAGAUCACGCUGCUCGUCACCUGGUUGACCGAGUUGUACCUGAACCGCCUCGGACAACUGGAGGCGGACGUCCAAAAGAGGGCGGAGUUUCAGGAAACGCGUGAGGAAUUCCGACGCUUCCUGUGUACCAACAAGCACAAGGAGUGCUUCUACAACAACCGGAGCACCAUCUACGAUCUCUUGGCGAGCCACGGCAACGUCGACGACAUGGUCUAUUUUUCCGUCAUCAUGCAGGACUACGAGAGGGUCAUCUCUCACCACUGCCAGCACGACGACUACGCUGCCGCCCUCGACGUCCUCUCCAAGCACUGCGACGAAAAGCUGUUCUACAAGUUCUCCCCGGUUCUCAUGCAGCACAUUCCCAAGAAAGUCGUGGACGCCUGGAUCCAAAUGGGCAACCGGCUCGAUCCCAAGCAGCUGAUCCCGGCGCUGGUGAACUACAGUCAGAUCGGCAGCACCCAGCAGAUCGACGAGACCAUCCGUUACAUGGAGUUCUGCGUGCACGAGCUCAGCGUGAAGGAAGAAGCCAUACACAAUUAUCUGCUGUCACUCUACGCCAAGUACAAGCCGGAUUCGUUGCUGUGGUACCUCGAGCAGGCGGGAACGCACGCCUCGGAGAUCCACUACGACCUGAAAUACGCCUUGCGCCUCUGCGCCGAACACGGCUAUCACCAAGCCUGCGUGUUGGUCUACAGGAUAAUGGAGCUGUACGAAGAAGCCGUGGAUUUAGCUUUGCAGGUGGAUGUCGAUUUGGCCAAGUCGUGCGCGGACCUCCCCGAGGACGACGAGGAGCUGAGGAAGAAGCUGUGGCUGAAAAUCGCCCGUCACGUGGUUCAGGAGGAGAAGGACGUGAAGAAGGCGAUGAACUGUCUGUCCAGCUGCAACCUGCUGAAGAUCGAGGACAUCUUGCCUUUCUUCCCGGAUUUCGUCACCAUCGACCACUUCAAGGAGGCCAUCUGCCUCUCGCUGGAGGAGUACAACCAGCACAUCGAGGAGCUCAAGCAGGAGAUGGAGGAGGCCACGGAGAGCGCCAGGCGCAUCCGGCAGGACAUCCAGGAGAUGAGGAACAAGUACGGCGUGGUGGAGUCUCAGGAGAAGUGCGCCACCUGUGACUUCCCCUUACUCAACCGACCCUUCUAUCUCUUCCUGUGCGGACACAUGUUCCAUUACGACUGCCUCUUCCAGGAGGUCACGCCACACCUCUCGGCGUACAAGCAGAGCAAGCUGGAGGAACUGCAGAAGAAGCUCGCCGCUGCCACGCAGACCACCAAGUCUCGCCACAGACCCAAGGAGGAGGACGCGGUGAGCCUGGGGAAAGGCCAGGGCAGCCGAGAGCAGAUCAAAUCGGACAUCGACGACAUCGUGGCGUCCGAGUGCGCCUACUGCGGCGAGCUGAUGAUCAAAUCCAUCGAUAAGCCUUUCAUCGACCCGCACAGCUUCGAGGAAGAAAUGUCCAGCUGGCUCUGAAACUCAUCUUCUGUAAAAUGCACCUGACGUCAUAGCUGCCCCGUGUUUGUGCGUGUGUGUGUGUGUGUGUGUGUGUGUGUGUGUGUGUGUGUGUGUGUGUGUGGAGCAGAGCCCUCUGUACACGCAUCACCGUUUCAGUGCUUUCAGAAUGCCUGUGUGUUACUGAAUACUGAGACGUGUAGCAUCAAGAGCUUUUAAAGAUUUUCAGCUAAAUCAUAAACUCCAGCAGUGUAACUGUGCCUGUGUGUGUGUGUGUGUGUGUGUGUGUGAGAAGGCGUAAAUGCUUUAACGUGUAUCACACGGGAUUACACAAAUAAACCCUACAGCAUCGUG